CUCAUCAUACGCGGAAUAAGAUAUAUUGUUGAUCGAGAAAACUAAGUGUUCUAGAUAGUUGGGUAUAUUUGUUGCGUAUAAAAUAUAUUGAAAUUAAAAUCAUGGCUAUAAGAAUCGUCGGACUGUGUUUUCUUUUCGCGUGUACAGGUCCGGUGUCAUGUUACGAGUACUGUCACACAGGGUACUUAGACUAUUCAUACUGCACCAACUACUGCUGCGUUAGCUCACCUAGCUACUACGACUAUUGCUGCAUCUCCAAAAGCAGCUACUACGACUCUUAUACGAGCUCGGUUUCAUUUUCUUAUUGGAUAAUUGCCCCAAUCGUCAUUGGAGCUAUCGUGGUCAUUGGAAGCGGCGUAGCUAUAAUCAUGUGUUGUUGCGUGACCGUUAACGGGAAGACUCGCGUUCAGGCCUUUUCAAGCAGGCGUGUGGGGACGACGUCGAUAGAAAUGACCUCAUCAGUAAACCAGCAGCAAUCAACGAUGAACAGACUCCCUUACCCGCAACAGUACCAUCAAGCCAACCCCAUGUACCCGCAACCCUACCCCAUGGACCACCAACCCUACGGCAUGGUUCCCCAGUUCGGCGUACUUCAGGACCCCAUGCAGUCUGGUGGUUCGCAGACGUCAGUUCCUCCCCCGUACUCCUCCGAGCAAGGGAAACAAUAUGCAAUCAAUCUUCCAAAAUACUAGAAAUGGCGUUAUAUCAAACGGACAAUUUAAUAGUAUUGAAGUAAAUGCUAUAAUGUUAUGAUAUUGAACAGAAUUUAUCCCAUUUUCAGGUGUGUAAUGAUGUAAUCAACCCCCGAUAAUAAUCCAAGCUAUAUUUAAAAAAUAACCUGCAGGGAUAAAGCCAUCACCCGCAUAACAAAGACGUCAUUUUGUGCUUUCAGAUUUCGACAUUUGAUGGUAUUUAUGUUUUUAAUGCAAAAACGGCUAUUUUUUUAGUGUUUUUUUUCAUAAGGUUGACAUGUAAUAAAGGUAGCAAUACGUUUACUAUCUCUGCACGAAAAGGUGUUCCACUCCUCAAGACUCGUUGUUUUCAUAGCCUUGCUAAAUAAAAUGAUUUGUUUUCAACAAAAACCUUGUAUGCACUGUAUUCUUUAUCUUUUAAAAAUGACAGACUCGAAGAUUUCUCCUGAAACGAUUGUUUACAUGCUACUUGAUGUUUUGUGUUGUAUUACC